AUGUAUGAUGAAAAAUAUCAACUGAAUUUUCCAAAUUCAAAUUAUUUAUCAAAUUUAAAUAAUUUAAAUGGUACAAAUCAAUCAAUACAAUUAAAUAGAUUACCUACUUUAGGAGAAAUAUUAGCUAAUAAAUCCAAGACACCAGUUGAUUUAUUUACAUUUUAUCAAUUUAUGCAAGAUGUUGAAGGAAAAGUUGAUUAUUUAGAUUUUUGGUUUGAUUUAAUUAAUCAUUUAAAUUUAUGUAAACAUUAUGUUAAAGGUUUAAGAGAUUCAAUUAUUAGACAAUCUUCACAUUUUAAUAAUUCUUCAGAUCUACAUAAUCAACAAUUAACUAACCCUACAAAUCAACAACAAAAUACAACUGGUUCAUCAUCUGAUUAUAACAGACAAUCAUUUUUCCAAUCUCCAAAUGAUAUAAGAAAUUCAAAUCCUAUAAGUGAAAAAUCUCAAAAACAUAAAUCUUUAAGUUCUUCAAUAUUAUUGGAUCUUAUUAUAAAUGAUAAUAUUUUAGAAGAAAAUGAUUCUCAUAGAUUAUCUGCAUUUUUAAGAGGUGAUAUAAAUUUAGAUAAUAUUGAUCCAAAAUUAAAAAAUUUAAUUGAACAAUAUAAUACAGAAAUUGAUCAACCUGCAACAGCCACAAGUCAUCAAAAUGUGUCAUCACCACCAAACUUAAAUAAGACACCGCCAUUAUCAAAUUCACAAUUUAAUUCAUCUCAUAAUAGCUUAGCAAGAUCAUCACCAAGUUUUUUACAAUCAACAUCAUAUAAGCCACCACAAUAUAAUCCUGAAAAAAGAAUAAGUUCAAACUCUGGAUUAUUUACAGAUUAUGAUGAUUCAGAUAUUGAUCAUCAUCCUCAUUCAAAUGAUUCAUUAUAUGAAAAUCAAUUGGAUAUUGGACAAGCUGAUCGAGUAGUUAAUGCAUCAAAUUAUGUUUCAUUACAACAAAAUAGUAAUUCUAAUUUAUUACAAAAUCAUCAAAACCAUAGUCCACAACAAAUACAACUAAAUAAAAAAAGAGAAUCAACUAUAAAUCCAUCACUUUUAGAAAAAUUAAUUAAAGAUUCACCUGCAUUAUCAACAAAUAAUAAAUCAUUUAUAACAAGAGAAAAUUUAAAAGAAAGUUCACAUAAUUUAUUAUUAAAAUAUUUUGUAGAAGAUUCAGAAAAAAACUUAAACCUCCCAUCAAAUUUGAAUUCAUAUAUUAUAAAAUCUAUUGAAAUUGAUGGUAGAGAUGAUCCUGAUAUUUUUAAUUAUGUUAAAAAUUAUAUUUUCAACAAGUUGGAAAAUGAUCAUUUACCUAAAUUUUUGGAUUUUAUGGCAACAAGAAAUAUAAAUCAUUCCAACUUUAUAAGAAUAGUAUUAGGUUUUUUCUUUUUAUUCAUUGGAUUUUGGAUAAGUUUUAUAUUCAUUUUCUUAAAUUAUAGAAAGGGAUUAAGACCAGUUAUAGUUGUACCAUUUUUAAUUGGGUUUUAUUUCAUAAUGUCAUCCAUAUAUUUAGUUGAUCCAGUAAUGGCUUGGUUUGGUAUACUGGAAACUUUCUCAAAAAGUAAUGGUAAGUCAUUGUUAAGGAUAAGAGAAAAAUUCAUAUAUAAAUUUAUAUUAAAAAGAAGUUUAUGGGUUUUGUUUUUAAUAUUAUUAUUUACUGCUAUUUUAACUACUUUGUUUAGUUUAGUUCCUGGUCAUCGUUUAUAA